AGCAACAUUAUUAUUUUGUGAACGCAAAAAAGAGCUUGCCGAAUUUUAUUUCAUCUCCCUCGUAAAUACCGUAGGCUUAUUGACAACAAAAAGAACCACUGAAAACAUUGUAAUUUAAAUUUUUAAUUUUAAGUAAGUGUUGUUUAACCGGAGCCAGUAAUUGUGAUUAACACAGUGGAGGAAAAAAUAUGAAGAGACGAAAUGCCGAAUCUGGCAAAAUGCGGCGCCCAAUAAAGCGCACAAAAAUACCCGAAGGAAUGUAUGGAAAUUCUGUAUCAUAUGUAAAGUUCAUGAUGGCGUGGGCAGUUAUUGUUGUGGCCGACUACAUGUUGGAAUUUAGAUUUGAGUUUCUGUAUCUAUUUUGGAUAUUGAUUGGAGCUUUGUAUGACUCAUUUAAAUUUCAGGGCCUUGUAUGCACUAUUAUAUUUCUAUGCAUGGUUCUGAUAUCAGAUAUGAUAUUUUUUUUCGUGAUACCAAUGCAGUAUUUAUAUUUUGUAGCUGGUACUUAUGUAUGGAUUCAAUAUGUAUGGAGCGCAGUCGGCGAAAGAGGACUGUGUGUACAAACUGUAUUAUUAUGCUGUCUCGUGAUAUACACAGAAAGCAGUGUAAGAAAUAAAACAGGUCUUCCUGAAGUGUGUCGGCCGCUCGCUGCACAUUGUAUUGGUUAUCCUGCUAUGACCUUCGGGUUUGGAAUUAAGGCAUAUAUAAAUCAGAGAUUCCGACUACGGCGACAGCGGCAAGUCCGCGCCGAAAACGAGUUUUACUUCCAAUUACUUAGGGACGCACUCCCGGAGAGUGCGCUGGAACAGAAUCAACAGGGAAGUAAAGAAGAGCGUAAUGUGAACGGUCCAGAGUUCGUUGCCAAUUCAGAAACGAGGCACAUGAACGGCUCGGUCAAGAGGCGGUUUAAAGAAAACGGCGUCUGUCAUAGCGAUCCAAUAGAGAAGCCAAUAGCGCACAAAGACAAGCAAGGUCUCAAUGGUGUACACCCACACACCAAUGGCUGCGCGAAGGGUCCCGGAGCGCCCCCAGACGACAGGCAAGAGCUGAAAGGUGGUACAAAUUCGAAAAAGAGUGAAAAGAAAGAGGCUAACUCCAGAGAAGAGAAGAAGAAACAUAAAAAUAGAGAUAAGGAUAGCAUUGAUAGUCAUAAGAGUACAGAACACUCAAAAGAACAAAAUAAUAUAGUAAAAGAUAAAGAAUUAGAAAUAAACACAAAAGAGUGUGGGAAAACUAUUAGAGAUAGUAGUAGUCAUAAAGAUAAAGAGCGAGAGAACAGAGAUCGGGAACGAGAAAGGGAGAAUAGAGAACGAGAUAGAGAAAUCAAGGAAAAGGAGAAAGAGAGGGAGCUCAGAGAAAGGGAAAAAGAAAAGGAGAGACGGGAAAGGGAAGAGCGACUAACCCGUGAGUACACAGAAGAGUUGAAGCGCGUGAAAGCGGAGUUGUCAGCGGCGCGUUCAAGCGAAGCGGAAGCGCGAAGAGCGCUAACCGCGGCCGCCGCCAACGAACGCCAAAGACGGACUGAGCAUACGCAGCUGAAACAUGCGCACGCGGCGUUGCAGCACAAAAUGUCAACGUGGCGUAACAACGAACGAGCGGCGCAAGAGCGACGACUCAGCGAAGAAAGACGCGCACAAACUCAUUGCAAACACUCGAGUGGCGAAUGUGACGACGAGUGGUGUAAAUCUCGACUAAGCUCGCAAGAAGCAGAGACUGCGUCUCUGAGGCGGGAGCUGCAGAGGGCGAGAGAGAGGGCCGACCGACUUCAGAGGGAUUUGGCCCUCGCCAACGAACAGGUCCGAACACUAGAAGUGCGUCAAGAGGAAGCCGUAGCGAACGCGAGCGCGUGCUCGCGAACGAACGCGAACGCCGCUAGUGCGUGGCAGGCCUUACAGGAGAGGGCGGCCCAUCUGGAGCGGUCUCUGUCUGCCGAAACCCGUGUCAAGUUGGACCUCUUGUCCGCCCUGGGAGACGCCAAGAGGCAUAUGCACAUACAGGAAAGUCAUAUAUCGCGACAAGAGAAAGAGAUAGAGGAGCUGAAAGCCCAAAUGUUGGCAGUGAUGCCCACAGAGUUCGUCACGCCUGUGUCGGUCGGGUCAGUUUCAAAGUUGCGACUUUCCGACGGUUCGCCGUUGGACCCCAACGCCUCUGUCUACACGCCGAAACAAUUAUGCUCCGAUGCUUAAAUGUCAGACAUAUUUAUGUGUUUGUUUUUGUGCGCAAUAUUUUUUCACACAUAUUUUUCUGUGACCCAUAAGUAUUACGCUUAGCACCAAACUUUAAGGUACUAAAUGUCGCACCUCAAACACAAUGUAGGGUGUGUUGUCAAAUAUGUCAAACUUCGUACAGAUAAAAAGGGUUUGACAGCUCUUGAAACUACAUUUGUCAAGUACAUUACUGCUGACGUCAACCGCUAAAUAAGAAAUUCCCCCUUUCCGUAUACGUUACGUGCACUCGUAUCAAGUUACCACUGUGUUCGUAUACGCCAAGACGAUUUUGACAGCUCGAACGCAUCCUACAGAUACCGGCAAACAUCUUGAACAAAUGUCCUUGUCGCAGAAGCGAUAUUUUUGGCAUCACUGGGAGGGGGUGGGGGGGCAAGUGACGUAUCCAUCGCGCGGUAAAUCAGUUGACGUUUGUGUCCCGCGCUGCUAUACGAUGCUCUAACUUCCCCCCAUUCCCUUGUUUAAUCUUUAAGAAGUUUGGCUCUAUCUGUGAUUCUAUUCGUUAUCUACGUUCUUGCUUUUGUUUGGCUCCAACAACUAUGGAGGAUAAUAUUCGACCAAUUUGUUGCUAAGUGUAUUAUUUUUUGUGAUUUCAAUGAAAUUUCGUCAAAAUAAAUAUUUGUUAUAAUUUUUAUCUUCAGGAUUCGCCAUAUUACAGUACAUACUAAAAAUGACUCUUACAAAAAAAAAUAUUGCGCGUAAAAACAGACAGACAAAUUAGUAAAUUUAAAUCUUGCUACAUGACCUUAUGGAAUUAAUCAUUGGAUUGGUAUGAACUUAUUGUGAAUGUGAUUCCAAUGAUUAAUUUUAAUUUUGUAGUUUUAUCAGUUUAAUUACAUUGUAAAAGAUCCUCUUGAAUUGAUAAAACUAUUGAAAGUUGCUCAGAAUUGACGUUUAAAGGGUCAGACACCGAAGCCAAGAAGAAAUUCUUUUAAAAGGUUUUUUUUAAGAUUUCUCAUUUUGGAAUAGUUUUAGUUAGAUAAAGAAUUAAAAUGUCUUAAGUAAGUUACUUCUGAAUUAAAUCGUAAAAUUAAAUACGACGUUUACAGAAUCUUUUCAUAGUUGACUUGUCUAUUAACCGAUGACAAUUAUUCCCUCUAAAAUUGUUUUGGCACUGUGACAUAUGUCAAACUCCAAUGUCCAAUGUCCGAUCUGUAGAUUUGAAUUUGGAACCAAAUUACUCAUUCUAUAUUUGAAACUACGGUAAAUUGAAUUUCAAAUUUCGAAACAUUUAUGAAAUUUGAAUAUGGAAUCUGGGUAAGCUAGAAUCAUUUUUUAUUUAGGAACACAAGUGUUAUUUUGAAUAUCGAACACUUUUUUAAAUCUUAGAAAUACCUCCUAUUUGAAGUUCCUUGGCUUCGAUGCGACCCGUUCGAGCUUCGACCGCCUCAGAAACGUAUUUGUAUGGGUUCAUUGAUCUCAACUUUUUUCACUUCCAUACAGGCAUCGCUGAGGUUUUCUGUUUAUUUAUAUCAAACACAUCAUAUUUCCACCUAUGAGAUUAUGGGCUAAUUGGAAUAUUUUAAUUCAUAAUAACACAGCUGGUUGAGAAAUCGUCCGAAUAUCUGGCAUUAAAUUUAAGUACAUGUACGUAUUAAUGUGCGCUAGUCACUUUUUUAUUCAGUCCUUUCAUUCGCUUCGAAUGUGAUAGUACAAAAUGAUCUGAUUUGUGUAUUUAGGGGCGUAGCGUCAGUCAAGGACUCGUUGACUUCUAUUUGACUUCAUGUGUGUUUGUUUUGACAAAUAAAAAAAAACAGUAUCGGAAUCUAGUCAAAUCAACAUGAUUUAUAUCUAGUGUAUUCCGACUGAGAAUUGUCCAAGUAUAGUAAUUGGUUUAGUAGUUUUUGAGAUAUUCCAGGCAUCAAAAGAUUAAAAAUUUGAAUUAUCAAAAGCAAUGAACACGCCAAUAUCUCAUUUCUUUACAGUUUAAAUGUUAAUGAAACGCUCUAUUGUUCAUUUAACAACUAGAUUCUCUUCAUUAUUUCAUGCUCUUUCUCUUCUCAUUCUUCUCUUUCCAUUUUUAUUUCAUUUCCUUCUAAGUCAAGUCUUCUUACACUAUUUAUCUGAUACUCUUUUGUCUAUUUCUGUAAAUUUUUUUCACUGUAUUGAUAGAAUUUACAUUAACAAACAGCUAUCAUCACAGCAUUAGCUCAAUUAGUCUUUCAAUUGACAGCUCAGCCUUUUGACUAAACAGAGCCGUUUAACUAGCGGCCUGAAAGACAUUCAGCCAGUUGAUCAAACAACUAGGCUUGACCGAUGUAAACCACAACUUUGAUUAAUAAAUAACAAGUACAAUGUAAGACGGUAAGAGGCUAAGUUGCUGACUGAACCGCUGCGACAUGAACAUCACAAGUAGAAGUCAGCGAGCAAUAUUACGUAUAAGUCAUAGUCAAGUACAAAUUUGUUUAACUCUUUAGAGUAUGAAAUGUUUCAUGUUUGAGAUUGUUUUGUGUUCGUUGACGUUUAUAGACGUAAUUGACUCUAGAAGCUGACGGGUUAGAGAAUCAAACCUAGCAAUGGAAACUCGAGAACUGGCUCGAAACUUGCUUUAAAAUCCGAGAGGAAAGAGACGAUUUUACAUUACCUUAAAAUAGAAUUUGUUUUUCAUAUCCAUAUCCAUUUUUAAUUGUAUAAUUACUCAGCUAGGUUUGAGAUGCUAAACCGUCAUUACUUACGUACGUACGUGUACGUAGACGAAUCGUUAAAAUGAGCUUCUCCUUCAAGUUAAUAUAAAUUUUUGAUAGGCAUUUUUGUAAACCUAGGAGAAAUCUACAUACGUUGUUUAAUGGCUUGAUAAUUAAAUUUACUCAGUGUUGCCAGUUGACUUAAAAUUUGGUCCUGUUCGUAUCCAUGGUAGGUAUCUUCUCGGAGUUCAUUAAAAACAGAUAUCUAUAUUUAUAUACAUUUUACGAUAAUAAUAGAUAAAUGGUAAAUAAAUGCUCUUUUUCAGUCGGCUUUAUUACUUUAGCUUAAGGUUCAUUUUACACUUGUAUAAUGGGUAAUAUUUCUGACGUACAUUGUAAAAUGUACCUUAAUAUUGAGCAAUAAAGACUAAAUUUAAAGUAAUUAAGAAUUAUACCUAUGUAAUUUUCUUUUGUUUAAAAAUUUAUCUUGAUAGGACGCUACGCUAAAUUUAAGUAUAAGCACAGCAUGACAGUGUUUUUUUUAAAUAAAUGCUCGAUCAGGGUAAAUAUUAGAUUUUCGAUUUGUCAGUACUAUGUAAUAUGAUAGCGCCAUCUGGUGGCGUUUGCUAAAUUAAAAGUACCUGAUGUGUCAUGACGCCUUGAAAUUUUUAUACAUGACUCGAACGUUUAGUUUUUAAGUUUCAAUUGGUUGUUUAAGUUAUGUUUUUGCCAAAUGCGUAGUUUUAAUGUCACAAUUCUAGUUUUUUGACGAUAUGUGUCAAGCCUUAUAUCUUAAAGCAGUGUGUCUAAAAUUAAAAAAAAAAGUAUUCGAGACUUAACACACAUUUAAGUACAAUACAUUUUUCCCAUACUUUACAGACAAUUUUACAGUUAUUUAAAUAUAAAUUGUGUAAAACUGUGAAUGAAUACGUAGGAUUAUGUUCUAACAUUGAAUACUAUUUUCUGUUGUAUCCAAUAAAAAUUAACACUGCUUUAAGGACUAUGCGAGGCUGGAUUUGUGCUUUUUUGUUUCAUUUAUUAUUGGCUGCAGUGGAUAUAUGUAAUUGGAAGUAUGUGUAUCUAUGGCACUUACAAACUUUUUAAAAUUUCAUUGAAGAUUGAGAUUAUAGUAGAAAUCCACCAUAACAUUAUCAUUUUCAUUCAUAAAAACGAAUAGUAAAACGUAUCUUUGUCUCUUUCUAUCAAAUGGUCUUUACCUAUUGAUGGAAAGAGAUAGAUGGGCUCUUAAAGUAGUCUUUAUGAAUGACGUUUAGUGUGGCCAUUAUGUAAAAUCAUUACCCCAAGUCAUAGUUUAAGCUUCCAAGAUUAACUUCCAGUUGUGUUUUGCAUUUACAAAGUAGACUUGUGUCAUUUGUUGUGAGUUUUAGAAAUUUAGUCUUUGUUUACUAUCUUCCAAAAUGUAGUUUUUCAUAAAUUUAAUAACAUGUUGUUUUUAACAAAUGUUUAAGUCAUGCGGUUACUAGUUGGUCGUUUGGAUUUAAGAACCUUAAAAUAAAAGCUAGUAACAGGAUUUACAUUAAGCCUUGUUUGCAUUCAUAGUUUUGCAU